CAUGAGGCAUUCACGAGGAUACUUCACUUUGGCGCAGCCGACGCAUGACCCGCGCUCAACCUCUAGCUCACACCGCCGUUCCCUGUCCACUCCACAUCUCCGGCGUCUCUGUCGAUUUCAGCAGGUCGAGAAAGAAUGUAGAAUCUGCUCAAGUACGAAUCGGCAAAUUGCACAUGCCAAUCGAACGCGGUGCAGGAAAGGCUUGGCAACAGACAUUUUCUCCGCCCAUGUAAUAACUUGAUUGGCCAGGACAAAUGUGCCCGUCUGACCUGCUGUUGUCCUUUUCAGGAAGCUUUCUGUUGGAGAUUCAUUUUCCGUACGUAUACACUACAAGAAAUGGUUAGGCAUGAAGGCCGAUCAUGAAGACAUUGCUUUCGAACUGGAAGACAUGUUACGCGUGUCUGGUUCAGAACACGACAGACAAGAAUACAACAAGAUUCACAAAAAAUUCAGGAUAGUCAUCGAACUUUCCAGUGACGCAACCACCGAAGUAGGAUCCAUGUCGGAUCUCCAGCCUACCACUGACGAAAUCAUUCGGAUUUGUCCUCGGUUCCGAAUUCUGGUGAUAGGAAAGACCGGUGUUGGCAAGUCCUCGUUGAUCAACCUCGCAUUUGGGGUGCAAAACGCGCUCACUUCGCAUGAUAAGGCGGGUGAAGCUAACAUCAACACCGAGUUCAUAUCACGACAGAACGAGCGAUUCGUUCUCCACGAUAGCAAAGGUUUCGAACCAGGCGGAGAUGACAACCUCACUAUAGUCAAAAAAUUCAUCGAAAGUCAGAGAAAGAUGCCUGAUCUGAAAGAUCAGCUGCAUGCUAUUUGGCUUUGUUUCGAAAUACCCCGCGAAGGCGGGCGUUUACUCGAGACUGGUACAGAGGAAUUCCUGGCAUUAAAGCGUGAGGGCGCGCUGGGAAACAUCGUCGUCGUUCUCACUAAAUUUGACAUGUUCAUCGACCGCGUGGAUCACACCCUGGAUGAAUCCUUGCUCGAAGGAUUGAGCAACAGCGCGAUCCACGAACUCAUCACGAAGAAAGCGGAUACCGAGCUACAGGAGGUCUGCAUCGGACCCCUACAGCAAUUUGCAGGGUCUGACAUCCCCUACACCACGGUCUCUACCAAGGAAGACCACAAAGAAACACUAGCCCAUCUUAUCGAGACGACUGAAAGCCACGUCCGACAGAAUUUUCCGUCCGAGGCGUGGGUGAUGACCUCCAUCGCUCAACGAGUGAACCCUGGACUCAAAAUCAAGGCCUCGAUAGAAAAAUAUUGGAAAGCGCUCGUAUCAAGCGCAGCAUUCAAGAACCGAACGACAUGGAGCUGUCUGGGUGUGGUUCAUACUGACAUCAUUGCUGUGUGGAACUUCCAAGACCCUCAUAAAUACUUGGACAGCCCCGAAUUCAGGACAUUGAUGGUUAACCUUGUCGAUAAGAAGAUAGAAACUGGACCUACAGCUGAUCCCAGCAGGACCAUUGCUAUCGGGCUCUCCAUGGUAGGUACUAUCGCGGGCAUCAUGUCUGCCCUGGCGGGACCAGCGGCUCCCAUCGUGGUGCCGAUCGUGGCGGGCGUCGUACUCGCCGUAUGGGUUCAUGACGUGUACCAGCAGUCCUGCGUGGUGCUUCAGCGCUUCAUGACAUAUAUCGUCGACUUGACCCUUGUGUUGCAGACACUUUAUCUUGUGUCGGAAAGCAAGGAACUAUCUCGUAGGGCCAUCAAGCUCGCUGUCGCUGCCUAUCAUGCCUCACCAACGAGCGAAGAAGUUCAUGCUGGAAUUCGGAAGUAUGACCGGGACUUGACACUCCUGGUGUGUGCGGAUCGUGAUGCCUUGGAUAAAAUCAUCGAGUUGAUGCAACUGUAUAGCAUUGAUGCCGCGACAAUUUUCGACCUUCGGAAACAGAUUCCAGCUGUUGGUUCAUUACCGGAUGAAUUGUGGGAAGACUGUCAAGGCAUAGAUCUCAUUCUUUCCUUUGAGGUAUCUGGUUACGGAUUGCAGUGA